GAACAAACCACAUUAUCAGCUGUUGGAAUUGACAAAUAGAACAAAACAAAAUAUUUCCAACAGAUAAGUUAAUAAUGGAAAUAAUCUAUUUGGUUAACUGAUAUAAUAAAAGUAUAAAAUUACUUAACAACUCCGAUAUCUGCAAUUGAAACAUAGAUUUUCAGCUGAAAUAAUGGCCAACAUACAAACUAAUGAAACUGAGAAACUCUGGUUGGGGCCUCAUACCUUCCAUAUACCCCCAGAAUUGUUCCAAUUAAACAGAAAAAGAUUAGUAGAAGAGCUUCGAAAAGUAUGUGGAAAUUCUGUUGUGCUUCUGCAGGGAGGAUCUGAAUUACCAAUUUAUGAUACCGAUAUAAAUUAUAUAUUUAGACAGGAAUCCUAUUUCAAUUGGAGCUUCGGUGUAACUGAAUCAGACGCUUAUGGGUUAAUAGACACCACUACCGGGGAAUCCUAUUUAUUCUUCCCUCGUCUCCCUUCCGAAUAUGCUGUUUGGAUGGGCCCCCUUAAACUUCUGGACGACCUAAAAAAGAAAUAUCAAGUAGAUCACGUCCAUUUUGUAGAAGAGCUUCCGAUUGUCCUACAAAAACUCAACAGGGAAAAAUUAUUAACAUUAAAAGGCCCCAACACCGACAGUGGUCUGAUUGCAAAAGAAGCUACAUUCGAUGGAAUCGAUAAGUUUAACGUAGACAACAAAACUUUAUUCCCGAUUAUAGCAAAUUUGAGAGUCUUCAAAACCGAUUUGGAAAUCAAAGUAAUGAAGUACGUAGUAGAAGUUUCCUCUGCCGCUCAUCGCCAUAUAAUGAGAACGGCCAAAGCCGGCCUGUACGAGUACCAAUGCGAGUCGGAAUUCCUGAAUUACUGCUACAAAAACGGCGGCUGCAGGCACUCCGCUUACACCUGCAUCUGCGGCUCCGGCAUCAACUCCGCCGUGCUCCAUUACGGCCACGCAGGCUGCCCCAACGAUUACCAGAUCAAGGACGGCAGCCUUUGUUUAUUCGAUAUGGGAGGCUGCUACUUCGGCUACUCCGCCGACAUUACAGUCACGUUUCCUGUAAACGGUAAAUUCACGCCGCAACAGAAGAUUAUCUACGAAGCAGUGCUGAAAUCGAACUUGGCCGUGUUCAAAGCGGGCAAGCCCGGAGUGUCCUGGACGGACAUGCAUUUGCUCUCCAACAGGGUGUUGCUGGAGGAGUUGAAAAACGGGGGGCUCCUGCAAGGGUCUGUCGAUGAGAUGAUGCAGGAGGAUUUGGCUGCUGUGUUCCAGCCUCACGGGUUGGGGCAUUUCCUGGGGUUGGACACGCACGAUGUCGGGGGUUACUUGGACUGGUGUCCGAAGAGAUCCUGCAGGCCGGGGUUGAAGAGUUUGAGGACGGCGAGGACGUUGGAGAAAAAUAUGAUACUCACCAUCGAACCGGGGUGCUAUUUUAUCGAUCCUCUUCUGGAUCAAGCUUUGGCCGAUCCGAAGAAGUCCAAGUUUCUCGUUCCGAGCGUUCUGAACACUUUUAGAGGGUUCGGCGGGGUGAGAAUAGAAGAUGACGUGUUAGUUACGGAAAAUGGCAUUGUUAAUCUAACGAAAGUGCCAAGAACUGUUCAAGAAAUCGAAGACUGGAUGUCGGGGAAAGAUGAUGAUAAGAAGUACUCUUAAUAUAUUAUUCGUGGUUUUUGUAAUUAUCACUAUAUUUUUACAUUGAAUUAAUUAUAUACUCUUGUUAUGAAA